AUGAGCAACCAGCGCAACCACAAGGCAGACCGCCGCAGACGGAGCGGAGGAGAAAUGGUGCAAACGCCGGUGCAUAUCUACAACGAGGACGCGCCCGCAACUCCCUGUAAGGGCUCUCCGCAGCAAAAGGCUCUUGUCGGAAGCCCGUCGCCCGAGACUCUGUGCCCGCAACCUCGACGGCCAUUUCCGAAUGCGAAUGCGACUGCUCCUUCGUUGGAGCAGCUUGCCAGCGUGCCAGGAACCGAAGAAGCAGCCUGCAACAAGGAGUUGAAAGAAUUGUGGAGCGGCUCUUGGAAGGGCGCCGCAACUCCUGGACGUUUGCCCUGGGAGAACAGGCCUUUGAGCUCUGUGAGCACAAGUGCAGGCGCAACUCCAGGUUUGGAUGACCAGUGCAGCCGCUUGCAGUUCAGCCCCGCUCCAUCAUCUGCGGCCCCAACGCCAUCCCAGGAAUUUGACCGGUACAACAAGACUGUCCCACCUUCUCAGGUGCGGAAAAUUUUUGUGGGUGGCAUCCCACAAGAUUUCACACAGGAUGAUCUGGGCGAACUAUUCAGCCAGUUUGGGGCGGUGACGAAGGCUUGGCUGCAGCGCCACCGCCAAAGUGACAAUGAAUUUGGGCAAGCGUCAGCACAGCGUUCGCAGUGCCAUCGUGGUUUUGGAUUUGUCAUUUUCCAAGACGCCUGCACAGUGGAUGACCUUCUUGGUCCAGAAUCAUCUUGCUUCAUGGAGAUCAAGGAUGGGCGACGCAUUGAGGUCAAGCGUGCUAAGAGUAGCAACGACAUCAUCGGGGAGAGGCAGGUGCAGCCAGAGCCGAAGCAAGCCUGGCCCUUCCAGCAUCCAAGGGGUGACCAGCAGCAGCUCCUGUCCCAACCCCAACCACCACAAGCUGUUCAGAAGCCACACAUUGUCCCAUGCGCAAGUCUGAACUGUGGCAACGUUCAAGGUGGUGGCUGGCCCAUGGUUUGGACAGGCUCUGUAGCAACAUCGCGGGCGGUGCUCCCUCCCUGGGGAGGGUCCGGCAGCCAGGCUGGCAGCCAGGCGAUAUCCACAGACAAUGCUCCGGGCAGACAAGCAGGCCCACCAAGCGUGGACUCACUUGUGCAGCCAGCGGCACGGACCACUGCUUCAACGCCGCCGCAGAUGAUGUGUGGGCAAGUGCCGCCAUUCUCGUUUCCCUGGGCAGCUGGCCCUGCACAACAAUCGGAGGAAGACAGGCAGAAGCUGGUGCGGCUGCUGCAAGCUGCUGCGCCGGAGUAUUACGCGGAUUGA